AUGGAUAAAACUAAUGUUUUUAACGAUAAUGAAGAGGAUAAAGCAAAGAGGAUUAAAAUUGGGGGAAAUAAUACAAUAGAAGAUACCGACUUUGAUUUAAUAUGUAAAUUGUCGGAUUAUUUGGAUACCGGAAUCGACCGCAAGCUAUUAAGAAUACUGGUAAAUUUAUGUUUAUUGGGAGUUAACCCUAAUUCCUUAGUAAAUAUACUUAAACGCCUGAUUAAGUUCAGGAACACACUUUUAAACCAACAGUAG